AUGCUCGGCUCUCUCAUCGUUCUCACCGCUCCUGUUCUCGCGGCUGCCGUGUCCAUCCCUAAGCGGGCCAACGACGGAGCUGGCUCCAGCCCAUACAGUCUGCGCACCGUAGGCGCUCGAAACACUCUGGAUUGGAGAGUAUGGCUGGAGAAAAACGGGCAGCCCGCCUCAUUCUGGCACGACGUCCCUCUCUACCCGGACGAGAAGAACAAGCAGAUUGUCAAUUUUGUCGUCGAGGUGCCUCGGUGGGAGGAUGCCAAGAUUGAGAUCAGGAGGCAAGAGCCGCUAAACCCUAUCUUCCACGAUGACCGGAACGACCUGCCCCGCUUCGUCGAGAGCGUCUGGCCCCACAAGUCGUACCCGUUCCACUAUGGUUCUAUCCCGCAGACGUGGGAAAGCCCGAACUUCAAUCACUCGUUCACUGGAUUCCCGGGUGAUAACGACCCGAUGGAUCUGUUCGAUAUCGGACAAGAUCUAGGCUACACUGGUCAGAUCAAGCAAGUCAAGAUUCUCGGAGCUUUGGCUGUGAACGAUGGCGACGAGACCGAUUGGAAGGUGCUUGCUAUCGAUAUCAAAGACCCCCUGGCUGCCCUCGUCAAUGACUACCUUGACGUUGAGCGCUAUAGGCCCGGUACUAUCGCCGCUUACCGUGACUGGUGGACUUACUACAAAGUCGCUCGCGGAGACGAUGUCAUCCCCAUCGUUGGCGAAUGGUACCAGGACGCCAAGAAUGCCACCGCGGUCGUCGCUGAGUCCCACACAUUCUGGUGGGACCUAGUCAAGGGCAACGUCGAUACCAACACCAUCAACUACAACCAGACCUCGUAUGCCGACUUCAAGGGGUACGCCGACCCGAGCAAGGCCACUGCGACGUUCAAGAUCCCCAGCAAGUCGAAUGUGCUGCCGGCCGAGCCGAAGCCCUCGAGGUUCAGUGAUUGGUACUACCUCUAUGCGGGGGCUAAGCUCGUUACGCUGCCUAAGAAGUAG